UAGGGGCCUAGACCAAUCACAUGGGCCCACCCUAGCUUUAAGUGUAGCUCGGCCCCUGGAGUACGGAUAUAACCCAGAACUUGUAAGGACUUUUGCCGAACACUACACCUGCAUCCGAGUGCUCCUUUUGGGUCUGAAUUGUUGCGGUUCCAGCGGCGCCAUGCUAGGUAGUAGUGGGGGGAGAAAUCUUAUAUUUCGAGCUUGAGUAAAAUAUAGUUGAUUAAUAAAAAAUAUCUUGACAACUCAUAUAAUUUACUAUUUAAGUUUGGACGAUAUCCGACUCCGAUUUGGUGAAAGAACUCGUAUUGAGUUUGGGUAAAAUAUAGUUGAUUAAUGAAAAAUAUCUUAACAACUCAUAUAAUUUACUAUUUAAGUUUGGUACAAUAUCCAGCCCCAAUUUGGUGAAAGAACUCGUAUUGAGUUUGGGUAAAAUAUUAUUGGCUAAUGAAGUAAUUAAAUUUGAUUUACUCAGAGUACUAAUCCGAAUCUCAUCAUUGUAAUUCAAUUAAACCAAGUAGAUGCUCGUGGAAGGGACGAAAGCUAAUAUCUGCAAGGGGAAGAUUCUCGAGGAGAUCAUGGUGCUUCAUCUGUCAUUCCUACAAUUCGUGGCUAGUUUUAUGGUCGUCGUUGUAAUAGGGUUCUAUAAGCAACAUGCAACCACAAUCCGGAAACAAAUGCACUCAGUAAAUAGAAUACAGGAGAAGUUAACCCGUUGGAAAGUUUCCAAGCUCCAGCAACUUGUAUCUCGUGUAGCAAGUUCGUUCAAGCCCUCCAACAAAAGGUAGAUACCUGCAAAGUUCUAAACUAACAACACGCCAUUUAAGAACCAAAAACAACUAAAUCAUUAGUCACCAGAUUCAACCAAGGUGUGUUCCAUAAGGAUUUAGAAAAUGUGAUGUGGGUUCUUUAUGAGCAGAGUAACAACUCUGACUAGCCCACCUAAAUCCCACUCCUUACUGUUUGUCCACAUUUACAGCAGGAAACACAAACUUCAGUGACCCACCAAGAAUUAGGACAGUUGGUUCAGCAUAAAAGCAAUCAAUCUCCCAAUUUCAAAGCUCAAACAAUCCGAUGAUAAUGCCUCAUAUGCAGAGGAAGAGAGCGCUGCCCCUAGCCAAAUUAUGAGAAAGGGAGCUUCUGACUGUAACUCCUCCACUCUUAGUAUACUCACUAAGAGUAAACAUUGAACCAUAGAGGACAUCCAACUAAUUUAACUUCAACAGUGGUAGACAAAAGCUUGGUGGCAAUGCUCAGAUGAAUAGAUAGCAUUUGGUUAAUCACAGACAAUCAUAAGUCCAGACAUAAAUUGAGCUUUUUCAUCAUCAUUGCAUUGCAGACAGACACUCAACACUUCAAUUAUUUAAAACAUUGGCAUAAUCACACAUGAAAACCUUGUUCGGUAGAAAAAUAGAGUUAUUUUGCCAAAAGCAAAACCCAUGGUUGAUGCAAAGCUCUCAGAGACACUCCAAUAGAUUGGAAGUGUGCAGACAAUCUACAUGGCAUCAAUUCUGACCGCCCGUCUGCUUUUUCUCAUCAUCGACAUUCAAAAGCAAUCACAUUUUCACAUACCCAAUACAUAAUAAUCUACUUCACAUUACAAUUCCAUACAAGACGACUGUACUCCUCGAAGAGAUUGAUGGCAUCAGAUAAUAAGCGGAGUUUGUAGUCCACAUUGAUUAUUCAGUGUGUAGAAUAAGAACUAAACAUCACUUGCCUUCCCAUUAGUUCCCCCAUGAAGACACAAUCAAAACAGUCAACUGACAGACACCCCAAUUCACAAAAAGAACGAAAUACUUCUAAAACGAAUAAGAACUAAACAUCACUUGCCUUGGGAGAUAAGGAAUGAAGACAUCAGAUAAUAAGCGGAGUUUUUAGUCCACAUUGAUAAAUCUCAGUGUGUAGAAUAAGAACUAAGCAUGAUUUGUCCGCCCACAAUUCCUCCAAUAUGAGACAUAACAAGAACAGUGAGCUGCCCAAGUGAAGCAAACUAACAAAAUCAAGCUAAACCCAAUUUGACAGACGAAGAAACCCCUAAUGGAUAAAAAAAUAUAUGACCGAAAAGAAUGUCGGAAGGUCCAUUUGACCCCACAGCAAGUUGAAAUACAAAGAGCAAGGGGCUGGUAAGCCAACCGAUUUAGCUUUCCGCACCCGUUUUAACUCCUCUAGGACUCUUGUUAAAAAAAACGCAAUAGCAGGAGUGGGUAAACAGAUGCAAAAGAGAAAACAGGAGCUUUACACGAGCUGAGAGGAAGCGAAAAUUGGACUGGCAACAUUCGUCGCUCAGAAGCGAGAUCACAACUGAUUUGUAGAUGAACGAACAGAAAGAGCGAAGAGAAGAAACGGCGCCAGACGGCCAGAAGCAGAGAGAGAAAGGGCGGAUGCUGGUUUUAAAUAGGAUUUUCUGGAAAUUAGGGUUUCUACUUUGAAAUAGGGAAGAAGGAGGGCGAGUGGGCGAUUUCUCUGUUAGUCCAACUUCUUUGGGUUGUGGGUUGGUCCGGGUUGGAUUGGGCUGAGCAAAAGUUUAGGGAACGAGGCCCGUUUAUCUUUUUGGGUGGGCUUGUUUCUGAACUGGAAAAUCUAGUGUUGGUUAGAUCCAUUUUUUAAUCAUAUUUAUUGCCUCUACACGUGUUAUGGUAUAGCUUUACUUAAAUCCAUUUGUUAUGUUGUAGUCCAUAGUUAUCACUCAUUAGGGAUGGCAAUGGGUCGGAUCGGGUUUUACCCAAAGUAGUUCGGGUUUUACCCAUACCCAUACCCACAUGUGAAACGGGUAGAAAAUCAAAACCAUGCCCAUACCCGUUAGGGUUUCGGGUAUCCACGGUUAUCCAUGGAUAAUCAUUUAUCUUCAUAACUUCAACCAAUAUGUUAACAUUCACACGAAUUCUCACAUUACGUAAACGGAAAAGUACAACAAUAAUUCACUAGAAUGGAGAAAAUGAAUUAAAACAACACAAUUUCAUGAAAAUAUUAUACUUAUAUGCUAAAUAUAAAAUAUGUUAGAGAAAAAUAAUGAUUAUAUCUAGAGAAAAUACAUAUGCAUUUGUAUAAUCGGGCGGGUUCGGGUUGGAUAGUGAAAAAUCCAUGCCCACCCAUUACCCACAAUAUUCGGGUUCGGGUUUUACCCGUACCACUAAAUGUCUUUCGGGUUCGGGUUUUACCCUACUCGAUUAGGCCGGAUUCGGGUGGAUAUCCACGGUUACGGAUAUUUUUACCAUCCUAUCACUCAUCAGCCUCAUCUCAAUUGACAUCCUAUGUCGUUCAAAAAUUCCUUGUCGAAAUAAGUUUUCUUGCAUGUACUUGUGUCAUGAGAGAAUAAAUUCAUCAGCCGUUGGUAGUACUUUGAUGCCAAGAAGUAAUUGAUGUGGCCCAAGUGCUUGAGAGAGAACCAUUAUGACAAUUGAUCUUGAAAGGCGAAGAUAUUUUUGGCUUAAUUACCAGUAAGUAGAUCAUCAACAUAUACUAGAAAGUCAAGUGUGAUGUGUUGUUGAUGAUAAAUAAACAAAGAUGCAUCCGAACCAGUCAUGAUAAAACCUUGUUCUUAAAGAAAUUAGCCCAAGUCUUGUAGAGAUGACAAAUUUUAUCAGUAGAAUUAUGGUGACGAAAUCCAGGUGGUUUGACUAUAAAGACCUCCUUCUUAAAUAAGACCUUGAAGAAAGGCAUUAUUAUUAACAUCAUGUUGAAAAAUGAGUCAAUUUGGAAAGAAGGCAAGAGUAAAUAGUAUUCAGAUAGUGACUAGUUUGACCACCGGCUGAGGUGUCAUGAAAGUCCACACAUGAUCUCUAGUGAUAGCCCUUGGCACCAAGCGAGGUUUGUAACAAUCAAUGGACCCAUCCAAACGACGUUUUACUCAAAAAAAAUAUAAUGAGUGAGGAACGAUGACAUUAAAAUGUGGUUGGUGAGGUACUAAGGUCCAAGUACCAUUGGCAACCAAAGCAUCAAACUCAGAAUGAAGAGUUGCAGUUCACCCUUGGAACUCUUAUCUUAAUUUGAUACUUGCCUCUACACAUAUUACGGUAUAGUUUUCUCGAAAUCCAUUUGUUAUGUUGUAGUCAAUCUUUAUCACUCUUCCCAAUUGACAUACCAUGUCGUUACAAAAUUUCCUUAUCGAAAUAAGUUUUCUUAUAUGUG